AUGGCGGAUCCACCGAGGCGCUGGAGCUGGAGCUGCAGCGACCUGCUAAAGUUCUUCAUGCUGCUGGGGACGCUGUGCGCGCCAGGUAAAGGACAGAUCCGCUACUCGGUGCGGGAGGAGCUGGACAAAGGCUCCUUCGUGGGCAACAUCUCCAAGGACCUGGGGCUCGAGCCCCGCGAGCUGGCGGAGCGCGGGGUCCGCAUCGUCUCCAGAGGUAGGUCGCAGCUUUUCUCGCUGAGCCCGCGAGGUGGCAGCUUGGUCACCGCAGGCAGGAUAGACCGGGAGGAGCUGUGCGCCCAGAGCGCGCCCUGUCUCGUCAGCUUUAACAUCUUGGUUGAGAAUAAGAUGAAAAUUUAUGGAGUAGAAGUGGAAAUUCUUGAUAUUAAUGAUAACUUCCCCCGGUUCCGCGAUGAGGAGUUAAAAGUCAAAGUAAAUGAAAACGCGGCUGCAGGAACAAGGUUGGUACUCCCCUUCGCGAGAGACGGGGAUGUGGGUGUCAAUUCCCUCCAGGGUUACCAGCUCAGCUCCAACCCGCACUUCUCUCUGGAUGUGAAGAGCGGAUCUGAUGGGCAAAAGCAUCCAGAGCUGGUGUUGGAACAGCCCCUGGACCGUGAGAAAGCGUCUGCUCACGACCUGGUCCUCACAGCCUUGGAUGGUGGAAACCCGGUACAUUCUAGCACUGUCCAUAUCAGCGUGACCGUCCUCGACGCAAACGAUAACGCACCCCUGUUCACUCAAAGCGAAUACAGAGUGAGUGUUCCAGAGAACAUACCUGUGGGCGCUCGACUCCUCACACUCACCGCCACGGACGCCGACGAGGGAAUCAAUGCGAAAUUAACCUUCUCUUUUCGCAACGAAGAAGACAAAAUUUCCGAGACUUUCCAACUCGAUUCUAACCUGGGGGAAAUCUCAACUAUUCAAUCACUGGACUAUGAAGAAUCCAGAUUCUAUGUCAUGGAGGUGGUAGCCCAAGACGGAGGCGCUCUUCUUGCCAGCGCUAAGGUGUUGGUCACAGUCCAGGACGUGAAUGACAACGCCCCAGAAGUAAUACUGACCUCCCUCACCGGUUCCGUUUCUGAAGACUGCCUACCGGGAACCAUAAUAGCGCUCUUUAGCGUGCACGAUGCCGAUUCUGGGGAGAAUGGAGAUAUUUCGUGUUCUAUUCCCAGGAACUUGCCCUUCAAACUGGAAAAGUCCGUUGAUAAUUACUAUCACCUAUUAACAACGAGGGCACUGGAUAGAGAAGAGACUUCGGAUUAUAACGUCACAGUGACCGUUACUGACCAUGGAACGCCUCCGUUGACUACAGAAAACCACAUCUCUCUGAAAGUAACAGACAUAAAUGACAACCCACCCACCUUCUCUCGCUCCUCCUAUUCCACUUCCAUCUCAGAAAAUAACCCCAGAGGUGUCUCCAUUUUUUCGGUGACUGCCUAUGAUGCGGACAGUGGUGAUAACGCUCGGGUCACUUACUCCCUGGCUGAAUAUACAUUUCAGGAAGCUCCUGUAUCCUCCUAUGUCUCCAUUAACUCUGACACUGGUGUCCUGUACGCAUUGCAGUCCUUCGACUAUGAGCACUUGAGAGACCUGCAGCUUCUGGUAACAGCUAAGGACAGCGGGACUCCUCCGCUCAGCAGCAAUGUGUCACUGAGUUUGUUUGUGCUGGACCAGAAUGACAACAUUCCUGAGAUCCUGUACCCAGCUAUUCCUACUGAUGGCUCCACUGGUGUGGAACUGGCACCCCGCUCUGCCGAGCCUGGAUACUUGGUAACCAAAGUAGUGGCAGUGGACAGAGACUCCGGACAGAACGCCUGGUUGUCCUACCGCCUGCUCAAGGCCAGCGAGCCAGGGCUCUUCUCAAUUGGGCUUCAUACAGGUGAGGUGUGCACAGCAAGGGCUCUAUUGGACAGAGAUGCUCUCAAGCAGAGCCUGGUGGUGUCUGUCCAGGACCAUGGCCAGCCCCCUCUCUCGGCCACAGUCACACUCACUAUCGCUGUAGGGGAUAGCAUUCCGGAUGUACUGACUGACUUAGGCAGCGACAACUCUCCGUCAGAGGCCCAGGAUUCAGAUCUCACACUCUACCUGGUGAUAUCAGUGGCAGUGGUGUCCUGUGUCUUUCUAGGAUUCGUUACUGUGCUGUUGGCCCUCAGGCUUAGGCACUGGCACAUGUCACGCCUGCUUCAGACUUCCGCCGGCAGACUGGCCAGCGUGCCUACCUCUCAUUUUGUGGGCAUGGAUGGGGUACAGGCUUACCUUCAGACCUAUUCCCAUGAAAUCUCCCUCACUACAGACUCCAAAAAGAGCCACCUGAUCUUCCCCCAGCCCAACUAUGCCGACAGGCUCAUCAGUGAGGAGAGCUGCGAAAAGAGCGAGCCGCUGCUGGUACCUGAUAGUAGUCACGCCAGCCAAGGAGAGCCCGGAGCUGCUCAGGUUGGUUGUCUCUUUCACUAA